GAAGAAAUAAUAAGUUUAUUUAUUAUGGAGGAGCCGGUAGACGUGAUACGAGAAUGCUCACGUGCAGCGCUAACAGUAAGCAGAAGAACCCAAAGAGAUGAUGAAACCGAUAGCCGUCGGCACAUCGUCAGUGAAAACACAACACCAACAGUUGUUGCUGACAUAGCGACAAGGCUAAAGAGCAAGACUGCUGUGAGCGCAGCAGACCUCAGAACACUAAAGAACGGUCUUCUGGACGACCUGAAGCAUGUUGAGGUGGUCCUGAAUACACAAGGGGCUCUUCGGGGCCUGGUGAGAGAACUGACUGGUCACGAUGCUCAGCGCGCACUGCAUGCAGCAGGCUGCAUAUGUAACUUAGCGCUGGGAGACGCCCGCGCAUGCACCGCAGUGGCACGAGCUGCAGGAACUUACCUGAUUGCUGCACUUCCCAGCUUGCAUAGUGAAAUGGCGGCGACCUGCGCGCGGGCACUGGGUAACUGCGCCGGCGGGGGCGCGGGGGCGGCGGCGCUGCUCGUGGCGCAGGGUGCGGCGGCCGCGCUGGCGGCGCGAGUGACGUCACACGACACUCACGUCAGCGGGGCCGCCGCCACGGCAGGAGCGCAUCUUGCUCACCAGGCAGGCGACAAUUUCAAGAAAGAGCACGCGCUACCCAUCAUCCAGGCUCUCUCUCACACCCGCUUCACACAUUCAUCGCUUCAACUACUCUUCAUACUAUCGUGCCGCGAUGAUUUUAACGAACUAAUCGACGAACAGUUACUAUUGAACGUUCUAGAACACACUACCUCGACGGAAUCCGAUUCAUUUCUAUACGCAGUUCGGACGUUAGCUAAUAUAACCCUUAAUGAUCAUAUUUAUAGUGUAGUUACAAGUCAUUUUGCUAUGAAAAUAGAUGUUUUAAAGAAAGCGUUAACGAUGAGUGAUGAUAUUGUGAAGUCUGUGCUUUGGUUGCUGGGUAAUUUGUUUAAUUUUAAGUGUGAUAAUGAAUUAUUUAACGAGUUAUUAUGUUGAUGUUGAUAUAUAAGCUCUUUUUUACGGUAACAAAAUAAACGUAAAAAAUAUUAAUAAUCUUGUAACAAGCAA